AUGACUGGACUUUGUACCCAAAAGAGGGUUAAAACCGAAGACUGUUGGAGGGAAGUCAUUUCCUCCUUGGAUUGCCUGGCAAGAACAUCUAAAAUGAAAGCCUUUCGUCACCUCGCUCUUCUCAUCCUCCUUUUUGGAGCCUCAGCCAUUGGGCAAAAUACAACUCCUUCAAGUAGCGCUACCAUGAAUGACGUAGUUACUGCUGCCACAACACCUACCACAACAACUGCGACAACUGCCACAACACCUACCACAACACCUGCCACAACACCUACCACAACAACUGCGACAACUGCCCCAACACCUACCACAACAACUGUCACAACUGCCACGAAAACUCCACCAACUUCCUCUGUGGCCUCUGUUUCUAUAUCGAGUUCAGUUACAGACGCCACUGUCACGUCUACAACAAGUAAAUCAAGCACAGAUGAAAACACAACAGCUGCACCUACCCCUGGCUGCGUUUCUUCUGGGAGCAAUGAGCCAACCACAGUGGUCACUUCUCCAGAAACACAAACGACAGAGACGGACACUGGAUCAUCCCUCAUCACAGUCCCCCAAAGUAAUUCCUCAGAGGCUGUUCCUUCAGUGACUUCUGGCAAUGUCACUUCGCCUGAGAGCAGCCCCCCAAACCCUGGUCCCCCAGAUCUCAGCAGUCCUUGCCACGGAACUCCCUGUAAAGGCGAUUCUUCAUGUGUUAGCCUGAAUGAUACCUAUUUUUGCCUGUGUUCGUUAGGAUAUUACUAUAACUCUUCCACAUGCAAAGAAGGAAAGCUAUUCCCUGGAACAAUUACAGUAAAAGUAUCAGAAACGUCUGGUUUGGAAGAUAAAAAUUCUAUGGCCUAUCAAAAAUUACAUACUAAAGUUACUGAAUUUUUUGUGAAUGCAUUUAACAGUUUUGAUUAUGGACAGACUAUAAUUCGUGAAGUAAGCACCUCUCCUUCAGCAAGAUCGGAAACACGUGCUGGUGAAAGGGAUGUCUCUGUAGAAGUCGUAAACAUUUUCACAAAAACUACAAAAGAAGAUGAGGUGACCGUGUCUAAAUCCAUUCAGAAAGCAAUUGAAAACAACAAGGAUGGCAUUACAGGAUAUAUUAUUCAAAGCCUGUGUGAUUAUUAUGGUUGUGAAAAGGAAAACCAGCAAGACAAAUGUGACAAUGGUUUGCUGUGUAAAUGCAAGCCGGGGAUGGAAAGACCUAACCCCCAGAUCCCUGUGUGUGUUGCCUCUGCUCCAAAGUGUCCUGAUACCUGCAACGCAGACCAUAAUAAGCAAUGCUUACUGAACAAGAACAGUGGGAGCCCCGAAUGCGUGUGCCUCUCAGGCUACGAGGAAGAUGAUCAUGGGAUCUGUCGAGAGUGUGCCUUUGGCUACAACGGAGUCAACUGUAAAGACCAAUUUCAGCUGAUCCUAACUAUUGUGGGCAGCAUCGCUGGCAUCCUCGUUCUUGGCCUGGUGAUUGCAUUGAUCUUCUCAGUGAGGUCAAAGAACAAAAACAAGAAUAUUGAAGAACAGAACUUGAUUGAGAACGACUUUCAAAAUCUGAGACUGAAGCAGACUACAGGCUUCAGCAAUGUAGGAGCAGACGGGAGUAUCUUCCCUAAAAUCAGGACGAAUGUCCCCAGUCAGCUACACAAUCCCUAUGCAAACCAGAGAAGUAUGCCUCGCCCCGACUACUAG